AUGGGUUGGAUCAAGUCUUCUUUGGUUAUAACAUUCGUUGCCGUCUUAUCUUUCUACAUCAACAGCUUGUUGCAUACUGACCAUCCUAUCUAUAUAAGCGGAACGAGUACUAAAAAGUUUGAGAAAGUAGAACAAGUUUUUAGAGCAAAUUUCUUGAAUAAUUGGGAACCUGAAGGAUCUGCAUUGACCGUCUACUACAAAGGAGAAAAAGUGGUCGAUGUGUGGGGUGGAUAUGCCGAUCGUUCAGCAGCUCGGCCAUGGAAGAAGGACACUAUGACUGUAGUUUUUUCAACAUCGAAGGCAGUCUCCGCUUUAUGUAUCGCAAUGCUAGUCGAUCGUGGUCUGCUGAAAUAUGAAGAUCCUAUAAUGAAGUACUGGCCUGAUUUUGGAAAAAAUGGCAAAGAGAACAUCACUGUUCAAAUGGCCAUGAGUCAUAUGGGUGGUUUGCCGUAUUUUGAUGAAGAAAUUACUGAAGCAGCUGCUAGUGAUCAUAACCUAAUGAGAGAAAUAAUAGAAAACGAGAGGCCCAAAUGGCCCCCUGGAACAAUGACGGGUUAUCACCCGUACACUUAUGGGUGGAUUGUCGAUCAAAUUAUUAGACAUGUGGAUCCUAAAAAGAGAGGAAUAGGACAGUUUCUCAGGGAAGAAAUCACAGGACCAAAUGGCAUUGACUUCUACUUCGGAUUGCUGGAGAAAGAGGCACACCGAGUAGCUCGUAUAACAGUUGCUUCUAACUGGCAAAGACUAUCAGAGAUCAUCCAUAGCUACAAAGCUCUCGUUUACUUCUCUAAUCUGUUUAAGUUGUAUGAUAACAACACCUUCCUGUACAAAGCAGCCACAAACCCAUCGUGGUUAGAAUCCGUCCAUAGAUGUACCUUCAAUAAUCCCGAUUAUUACAAACUUGAGCAAGGUGCAGCUCUAGGAAUUGGUACUGCCAGAGGUUUAGCGGAGAUUUUCAAUUUGGUAGUAUCUAAGAAUUUACUCAGCGAAAACACUUUGGAAAAAUUGCAACAUUAUCAUAUCAACGAAACGGAUGUAGUAUUCGGGGACGAUACAGCUAAAGGACACGGAUUCUUCUAUCUUCCUGUGCACAGAGCAGGGGUUCCAUUCGUUGUUGGACACACAGGACAUGGAUGUCAACAAGUGAUAUAUGAUAAGGAAAAUAGUUUAGUUAUAGCUUAUGUGAGCAACGGGUUGAAAUUAGGCUUAUAUGAUCUUUGUCGAACGUAUUAUGCUAUCCAAAAUGCCGUUUAUGAUGUCAUUGAGGGUAAAUAA